AUGAACCUGCUGCUGCAACCAAAACAGCAGGAGCAGCAGCAGCAGCAGCAUCAGCAGCAGCAGCAGCAGCAGCAGCAGCAGCAAACUCACGAAGCCAGGGAUGAUGCGGUGGAAGGGGGAGCCUUUGUACCAGCGGGGCCUCAUGUAGUAGCCGAGGCCUGUCUCUCCUGCGCUGAUCCGCGAAGAGCUGAGCAGCAGCAGCAGCAGCAGCAGCAGCAACAGAAGCAGCAAGAGCUUAUAUACAGCAGCAGCAACAGCAGCAGCACGAGCAGCAGCAACGGGAACAACAACAGCAGCAGCAGCCUAAGCAGCAGUUCUAGCAGCAGCAACAACAGCUCGAGCAGCAGCAGCAGCAACAGCAACAAACACCAGCUGCAACAACAGCAUCCCCAGCAGCAGCAACAGCAACAGCAGCAGCAGCAACACCAGCAACAGCAGCAGAAACAACAACAGCAGCAGCAGCAGCAACAGCGGCAGCAACAACAACUGCAGCAGCAGCAGCAGCAACACCAACUGCAGCAGCAGCAGCAGGUUUUCUGCUGUUAUGGGCAGCUGAUCCGCGAAGAGCUGAGCAGCAGCAGCAGCAGCAGCAGCAGCAAGAGAAGCAGCAAGAGCUUAUAUACAGCAGCAGCAACAGCAGCAGCACCAGCAGCAGCAACUGGAACAACAACAGCAGCAGCAGCCUAA